GCCGUGCGGGGUGUGCAGGUAUGUGUCCUACUUCCCGAUGGGUGUGAGCCGCAGCUCGUCCUGUGUGUGAGGAGCUGCAGCUCUCACCAGGUCGGUCGGGUGCGUUUACAGCACCGAGGGCUUCCUGCUGCAUCCAUCCGCCUGACACCGAGGAGCGGCGGCGCGGCACCGCAGGUUUUUAACAGAGAUCAAGACGCUGGUGGAAACGUCCCCCCCCCGUCGUCUCAGGACCACAGAGGCAGCUCGUCACUCUCCUACAGCGCAGCAGCAGUUUGAAAGCUUCCAUCAGACUCAUGACUGUUUGAAGGGACACAGCCCCACCGUGGCCCAUGCACUGUACCCGUUUCCCUCCCUGUCCUACUCCUCCCUCAAGCUGACGCAAAACCCCAGGCACCUUCCCCCUCUCCCCCACCCCCAUUCCCACCCGGUCCCCAGCGACUCGCCGCCUCCAGCCAUGGCAUCUGGCACAGAGACCGUGCACUACAUCCACCUCCACAACUCGAGCCAGUCGGUGCUGGAAGCCCUGCGCACGCAGCGGCGCGAGGGCCUCUUCUGCGAUGUGACCGUGCGGAUACAUGACGCCUCGCUCCGUGCACACGCCUGCGUCCUGGCGGCUGGCAGCCCCUUCUUCCAGGACAAGCUGCUGCUGGGUCACUCUGAAAUCUCCGUGCCACCUCUGGUUCCCGCUGAAACCGUGAAGCAGCUCGUGGAUUUCAUGUACAGCGGCUCGCUGGUGGUGCUGCAGUCGCAGGCCCUCUGCAUCCUCACCGCUGCCAGUAUCCUGCAGAUCAAGACGGUCAUCGACGAGUGCACCCAGAUAAUCUCGCAGAGGAAGGCAGCAGCAGGGGCGGCGGCUGCGGCUGCGGCCGCGGCUGCAGCAGCAGGAAGUGCAAUGCUGGGAGGAGUUCUCCCUAAACAGGAAGAGCGUGGCGGGGGCAAAGGGCGAGAGAGCGGUGGCAGCGGAAGCUGCUCUGUUGGUGGAGCAGGUGGGGGUUAUGCAAACUUCUCCAACUUCAUGGCUGAAUGUGGGGCUAGUAACAUGGGUGCUGGGUUAGGGGGUGCCAGCGUUAAUGUCACCGAGAGCGGCCCAGGCCAGAUGGAGCAAGCUAACACAGUGAGUCUGAUGGCGCUGGGCGACAUGGGCCCCGGCUCCAUGUGUGGGGACGGGAUGGGCUCUGGGGCCGGCACAAUCCUCAUGAAGCAGAACUCCAGCUGUACUCAGGACGUCAGGUACAAGCUCCGAGACCUGUUGGCACAGACGGCCAAUGGAGCCAACACUAGUAGCACAGGGAACCUCUCAGCGGGCUGCAGCUCCGGUGUGGCCAGCGUGGACAGCAUCGGCAGGGACAGCCUCCGCGGCAACACAACCGACCUCUCUGAUGACCUGGUGGGGAUGGACAGAUACAGUGAGGAGGAGGACUUGGACGGGAGAGAGCGGGGGAGAGAUGGAGACAGAGACAGGGGGGCGAGCCACAGCCGCAAGCAGAGGCAGCCGCUAAGACUCCAGGUGCUGGGAGGCGAGGGAGUGGUGGUGAAGGAUGAAGGGGUACAGGACACUGACGGGACCGUCUAUGCCUUGGAGGAAGGGAGACGAGUCGGAGAGCAUGAGGGCUCCCAGGAAGCCAUGGCAGGAUUUGGACAGGAUUUCUACGAUGAGCAGGGGGUGUUUUCUGAGAGUUUCUGGCCACAGAGCGAGCCUCCUCGGGCCAUGGCCUUCAACCCGAGAGGAAGGGUCAACAAGCCUCUGACUCCACCCCCAACCACCCAGUCCAUCAACAACCAGCUUCUGUUCCAGUACCCGGUGAGCCAGUCGCAGCCCCCGCCAUUCUACGUGGGUGGGCCCAUGGGCGGGAUUGACAGCAUGGCGGGGAAUGAGCCCAGUCAGCCGGCUCCGCCCCCGGCGCCGAUGACCCCGGCCCCACCUCCCUCCACCUCCUCCUUAUCCACGGGCCCCUCCCCUUCCUCCCAGGGAUCUGAGACCUCGUUCGACUGCACGCACUGUGGCAAAUCUUUACGUUCCAGGAAGAACUACAGCAAGCACAUGUUCAUCCACUCUGGCCAGAAACCUCAUCAGUGCUCCAUCUGCUGGCGCUCCUUCUCCCUGCGUGACUACCUCCUCAAACACAUGGUGGUGCACACCGGCGUCAGGGCCUUCCAGUGCUCCAUGUGCGGCAAGCGCUUCACCCAGAAAAGCUCGCUCAAUGUGCACAUGCGCACCCACCGUGCCGAGCGCACCUUCCAGUGCAACGUGUGCCACCGGGCCUUCACACACCGCACCUUGCUGGAGCGCCACGCCCUGCAGCACGCCCACCACAACCCCCAGGCCCAGGGCCAAGGCCAGGGGCGUGGAGCCGACAUGACCUCACCUACCAAGCACAGUCCUCCGGCUCUGGGAGGGCCCUCAGGUAUGGCUGGCCCCGCUGGCAUGGUCGGCAGCAUGUCCAACAUGCCCAGCCACGGAGCUUCCUCCACCUAGAGCAAGGGAUGGGGAGGUACGGGGGAACGGGGGGGGAGUCAGCGAGCCCAUCCCUUAUUUGGUCCUAGCAGCCUUGCUGAUCUUCUCUUCUGGUGGGAACUGCGCUCAAUCGUUUUAGUGUAACACCACCUUCAAUCAGGGUUCCUACACAAAGCUGGAAGUUUCCACAAUUCAGUAAAUUAAAAAGGUGGUUUUGGAAUUGCACAGAAGUCUUGUAAAAGUUAAAGGGGGGGGGGUUGAAAUGUAGUUCCCUUUUUAAAUAGUUGUAAUCCCGUGUCGUGACAUUUGUUAGUGUGACGACGUAUAAUCAAGCUGUGGAGCAACAAUCACGCACCUUGAAGAACAGCCAUUAAGAGUCCAUCCAAACAGAGGAUGUGUAGGAACCCUGGUUCAAAGACCAGAGUCACCAAAGAGGUUAGGAAGGCGGGUCGGGGUGGGCGGAGGCACCGGGUUAUCUAGGUGGAGAUUAUGGGUAUUGGGUGGGUUGAGGAAUUGGGUAAUAAUGAGAUGCAAGUUGGGGAAACCAGGGGAAAGGGGGGGGUGCAGGGUUUGAUUCACCCUCAAUUCAUUUAAUUCAUGUUGAGAACUGGAUUCAGAUCAGUUCUGAUAAACUGAAUAUAAUGUUUAUCUCAAGAUCUCAGCAGAGCGGCUGAGUAAAAUGUCAUGUUCUGAUGAAAGUAAUCAGAAAAUUAGAUCUCGUCUAACAGCUGUAGUGAUAGGGUCAUUUAACCGCCUGUCCACCAAAAGUGUCCAGAACUUUAAUGUUGCAUUCGCACCAAACAUGAAGAGAAAACAUUAGAGACAAAGUCAAUGAAGCGGCAGACGCACAAUUCGCGUCGCACGCAAUAUGUGAAAUAUUCUAGCAGGUCAUCAAACUGGCCACGAUCCUCAGGUAGCGCUGGACAUGACAGUCAACCAGACGCAGCUCCUGGGGGAGACGGUGAAAUGCCCAGAGCUGUGUUUCACCUCGGGAUGAUCACAUAGACUGUUAAUGACCUCCUCUGGCAUUUCCACAGCACAGCACAACACAGCACUUGUAGUUACUUCAGCCAGUAGUUCGUCCUCUUCUUCUUCCAAAGGACAGGCGGGUUCUGGUGGCUUGUGUUUGCUUGUGUUGUCCUCACCAGGACCUCGAGACUCACUUGAAAACUGGCUUUGUAUUUGGUGUGAACGUAGCAUUUGAUCCCAGAAUCAAAAGAUUUCCUUCAGAUCAUUAGUUGCUCGUCUUUCCACAUUGGGUCCAAAGACCUCGGGAAGAUUUGGAAAUGCACUUUCAGUUCUCAGCUGAACCAAAUUUAAAAACUAGAAGCACGAAUGCUCUUAUCUCACCAUGUUGAGGAAAGUGGGAACAAAAAUCCUGGAUCUGCCUUUUUAUCCAGUUUGGCUCCAAAAUGUAAUUAGUUUGAGCGUAAUCCUGCUAAAUAACAAACCAAUGACUAACUAGACAGAAGGUGAAUCCAUGUUAGGUCAAUGUAAUGUCUCCUGUACGCGGAGGACAUUUAGAGUUAAAUACUCUUAAUUACUGGGCUCCAUUAAAGUAGGAAAACAGGAGAAAGGUUUGAGUUCACACACUCACUGAAGUCGAUGACUUCCUCACUUUCUAUAUCUAACUGUGGAUCAAAGAUUCAGACAGUUUUUGCUUCUCAUUCAUUCUUUAAAAAAACUCCAGGCAGAGAAAAUGCUCUUCAUGAAUUAAUUGAAUUGAAUGUGAAUGGAGCCCGAAGCUAUUCAGGAGCAGAGCGGCUGACAAAGACGGUUGUUGAUGAAUGAUUCGAUGAAGAAGGAAAGUAGUCUGAGCAGAGCGGGGCUACAGCA